AUGAACCAGGAAUCAAAGUGAAUUCUAGAAAUAAGCGUGGUUUGUUGUGCUUGUCUGUACAGGAUCAAGUCCCUUUGCAAACCUUAAUACUGAAUGAGAUCCAACCUGACCGUCAUUGUGAACAAAUGGCUUCCCGCGAGGGUAUCUCUGGCAAUGAGGACACAGAAACAGAAGAAUUUCCUGCCCCAUCAUUUGAAGAACAGUUUAAAGACUUGACCUCUCUCAUCUCCUUCUUUGGGGAGUGCUCAAUCCAAACAUGGCAGUUUAUUGACAACAUGAAAGAGAAGUUCCCUAUUAGCUUGAAAACAGAUCUUAUGACUGACAAAGAAAGGCAGAGUCUACAAUCAUAUCCUUCCAAGAAAUCUACUCUUCUUGUUGUUGGACAAACAAAUAGUGGAAAGAGCUCCUUUGUGAAUGAACUUCUUGGUGGGUCAUUCAUGCCAACUUCUUGAGUACCAUGCACAUCUCGCACUGUCCAUCUUAAAUAUAGUGAGAAAAACUGUA